AAGAUUUUUGUUUCCUGCUGAGGCUCCAAUCACGAUGACCUCCUGCUCAGACACGAGGCGCUCUGCUGUUAUAAUCCUGAUACUCAGCACCUGCUGCGCCUUUUCACAAAUCGCCCAUGAAGUUGUCUAUGUUGUGGCCUGCUUUGACAAUGGUACAACUGAGGUGCAGAUUGAAUUUGAUGCUGAAGAGAUUGUGUACGUGGAUUUUGAAAGACAUGCGCUUGUAUUCACUGUGCCCGCAUUUCUCGUGUUGGACCCAAGAGAAAUGUUUAGCGACUUAGGUGACUAUAAUAAUGCAGAAAAAGCUAAGAACUUGUGUGCAGCAGUUCUUGCAUACUGCGUAGCAGAGGAGAAAAAUCCACCAGAAGAGAGAGAACCCCCCGAGAGCGUCCUCUACCCUGCAGAAGAAGUUCAGUUGGGAGUUGAAAACAGCCUCAUCUGCUUUGUGAAUCACUUCUACCCACCUUUCAUUGAAGUCAGCUGGACUAAAAAUGAUCAUCCGGUGUCUGAGGGGGUGUCAUUCAGUCGAUACUAUCCAAAUAAUGAUCAGACCUUCCACCAGUUCUCAACCCUGACAUUCACACCGAGCGAGGGGGACAUUUACAGCUGCACUGUGGAGCACUCAGCCCUGCAGAGGCCUCAAACAAGAAUCUGGGGUUCCUCCACAGAACCUGAUCUUCAUCAUCAAAGUCAUGGAGUGGAUGUUUUCUGUGGAGUGGGCCUGGCUCUGGGUUUAUUUGGGGUCGCAGCUGGAACAUUUCUAAUGGUCAAAGGACACCAUGGAAGGUGAUUUCUUUAACACACAGCACAUAUGAAAGAUUUUAUUAACUUUAUAUCAUAUGAAUGGAAAUGGUAAGACUUAUAAGUCUGUUUGGCAUGGUAAGUGUUUAUUAACGUAUAGAAUUAUGUAAAGCUACAAAAUACUACCAAGUCUAACAUCGGGAAAUACAGUGAUCCACUUUUUAUUAUAAGAAGUGUUUUAGAUUAACACAUAAACUAUAUAAUACCUUUAUUUACCAGUUUGAGUAUUCAUAUGUUACCAUGUAACAUACUGUCUGUUUCACUUAACCAUGAAAGCAGAUUGUGAUUUUUUAUUUAUUUAUUUUUUUUUAAAUUGUGGUUCUGUACAGUUUUUUCAUCUUUUCUUUUCAAUAUUUUGCCCACCACUGACAAAAAGUGAAUGUGUGCUUUAUACAUGUGUAUAACUAUGUACAACUAUGUGAAAUAUGUGAAUUCAUGAUUUGUGAUGCUUACUGGUAAUUUCUUAACACCUACUGCUCAGUGAAUCUGCAGUAAAACCUUAUUUCGGCAACAAAUCUGUGUUAUCCAUUAUUUGUGUAAUUAUUAUUAAAUAAGUUUCAGCAACCAAUCAGUGAAGGUGCCUUUUGUUGCUUUCCUUCAAGAUUAAUUUGUCAUUUAAUGUUUUACUGGGGCCAUCUCAAUAUAAUCGUUACAACUGAAAAUGUACUGAUUCAUGCUGUGUUUGAGACCUGUCCCCUAAUAAACAUAAAACAGGAGUCAGAGGGAUUGUUGCAACAAACCAAUGACUCAGGACA